CCCACUGUUGUGUUUUACAGGCUCUCGCAUUCAUGUUUGAAAGCUUCUGCAAAGCCCGUCUGUGGUCUGUCUGCGUGGGAGGAGCCCGGAUUACAGCCCUUGGGACAUUACGGGCCACUAUAUGAUCCCGCCACAGCAGCGACGGCAGCAGCGAGAUAUGGGAAACGUCACCUGAGAGUGCUGUCUCACGCAUGUGGACGUUUUUAGAUCAACUCCUCUGCGACCUGACUCCUAUAUGGGCUAGUCGUCAUGUAUUUGAACAACAAGAGCCACACAGAGCGCAACAAGAAGAACACACAAAAAUGGGGUCGCCGCAGACAACACCCAGAGAAAGUGUUCAAACGGGCAUCCCGGAACACGGCAGAGACGAACCAAAAGCCGGACAGGAAGGAGAUCAAAGUCGAGCAGGAGGUGGCGCGGCACACGGCGUUCUCCAAGGCGUCCUACGACCUGAGCCACUCACAAAGGGUGAUGGAUGAGCUCACAUUUGGACGGCGGGUGGGCUUCUACGAGCUCAGAGGGGAGAUUGGAUCGGGGAACUUCUCUCGUGUCCGACUGGGUAUACACGACUUGACCAAAGAGAGAGUGGCGGUGAAAGUCUUGGAUAAGGCACGCCUGGACAAGCACUCGCAGGCGCUGUUGGCCUCGGAGAUCUUAUGCAUGGAGAAGCUGGCCCACCCAAACCCUGAGAUAUCAACUCCUCUGCGACCUGACUCCUAUAUGGGCUAG